AUGAGGUCUUUAUCUUAUUACCAGGACAUACCUUAUAAUUUGGAUCUAGAAUGGUCCUCAAACUCAAAAUUAAGAGAUGUUGUGCACCAGUUCCAACAGCAUGUCAAUCAAUUCCAGUAUUUCUGGUCCACUAUGCAUGACAUAGAUCAGUCUCUUUGGGUGACCGAUCCCAUACACUUCCAUCAUGCGAUGUCAUAUCGCCAAAUUAAACUUGGAGACGAUUGCUUUCUCCAAUUGUAUAUAGAUGUAAAUGAUCCACUCUCUUUACCAGAGUGUCGUUUUCUGGGUUCAGAUUCCUCCGUGAACUCUUUGAGGAGUUUAUGGAUGCGAAAUUGUAAAAAAUGGUCGAAGGACAAAUCAUAUGCUGAAAAUCUUGCAUGUAUUUUAAACACUCAAUUACCCCUGCCUCCACAUCGGCGGAAGAAUGAGGAGCAGAUUGAGUGUGGCAUAUGUUAUGCUCAAUUUCUUCCCGUAGAUGAUGAACUUGGUGCUAAGAGUGGAAGUGCAACUGAUUAUAGAUGUGAAAACGGGAGUUGCAAUCGGGCGUUCCAUAUUGUUUGUAUAGUCGACUGGCUCCGUUCCAUAACAACAACAAGGCAGUCAUUUGAUGUCCUUUUUGGGAACUGCCCUUAUUGUUCAGAUCCAAUUGCGGUAAAAAUCAGCACAAACUAA